CGGAGCGGUAGCGGAGCUCGCUGCAGACAGGAGCGCUCGCGGAGCGGCCGCUCCGAGCGUCCGGUGCCCCGCACGCCCGCACCCGGCGCGGCCCGCAGCGAGCAUGGGCGCGGCGGCCGUGCGCUGGCACUUGUGCCUGCUGCUCGCUCUGGGAGCGCGCGGGCGGCUGGUGGGGGGCAGCGGGCUGCCAGGAGCCGCCGACGUGGAUGAGUGCUCAGAGGGCACAGAUGACUGUCACAUAGAUGCCAUCUGCCAGAACACACCCAAGUCUUACAAAUGUCUCUGCAAACCUGGCUACAAAGGGGAAGGGAGGCAGUGUGAAGACAUCGACGAGUGUGAGAAUGACUACUACAAUGGGGGCUGUGUCCAUGACUGCAUCAACAUCCCUGGGAACUACAGGUGCACCUGCUUUGAUGGCUUCAUGCUGGCCCAUGAUGGACACAACUGCCUGGAUGUAGAUGAAUGCCAAGACAACAACGGUGGCUGCCAGCAGAUCUGUGUCAAUGCCAUGGGCAGCUAUGAGUGCCAGUGCCACAGUGGCUUUUUUCUCAGUGACAACCAACACACCUGCAUACACCGCUCCAAUGAGGGUAUGAACUGCAUGAACAAAGACCAUGGCUGUGCCCACAUCUGCCGGGAGACGCCCAAAGGUGGGGUAGCCUGUGACUGCAGGCCCGGCUUUGACCUUGCCCAAAACCAGAAGGACUGCACACUAACCUGUAACUAUGGAAACGGAGGCUGUCAGCACAGCUGUGAGGACACAGACACCGGCCCCAUGUGCGGCUGCCACCAGAAGUACGCCCUACAUGCGGAUGGUCGGACGUGCAUCGAGAAGGAUGAGGCUGCAAUUGAGCGCUCUCAGUUCAAUGCCACGUCAGUAGCUGAUGUGGACAAGCGGGUGAAACGGCGGCUCCUCAUGGAGACAUGUGCGGUGAACAACGGAGGCUGUGACCGGACGUGUAAGGACACUGCCACCGGGGUGCGGUGCAGCUGCCCAGUUGGAUUCACGCUGCAGCCAGAUGGAAAGACAUGCAAAGACAUCAACGAGUGCUUGGUGAACAAUGGAGGCUGCGACCACUUCUGCCGAAACACCGUGGGCAGCUUCGAGUGCGGCUGUCAAAAGGGCCACAAGCUACUGACAGACGAGCGGACAUGCCAAGAUAUUGAUGAGUGUUCCUUCGAGCGGACCUGUGACCACAUCUGCAUCAACUCCCCUGGCAGCUUCCAGUGCCUGUGUCGCCGAGGCUACACACUCUACGGGACAACCCACUGCGGAGACGUGGAUGAGUGUAGCAUGAACAACGGCAGCUGUGAGCAGGGCUGUGUCAACACCAAGGGAAGCUACGAGUGUGUGUGCCCACCGGGGAGGAGGCUGCACUGGAAUCGGAAGGACUGUGUGGAGAUGAGCGGGUGCCUGUCUCGAUCCAAGGCCUCUGCCCAGGCCCAGCUGUCCUGUGGCAAGGUGGGUGGAGUGGAAAACUGCUUCCUGUCCUGCCUGGGCCACAGUCUCUUCAUGCCAGACUCAGAAAACAGCUACAUCCUGAGCUGUGGUGUUCCAGGUCUCCAGGGCAAGACACUACCAAAGCGCAAUGGUACUAGUUCCAGUGCAGGGCCCAGCUGCUCAGAUGCCCCCACCACCCCCAUCAGACAGAAGGCCCGCUUCAAGAUCAGAGAUGCCAAGUGCCAUCUCCAGCCCCGCAGCCAGGAGCGAGCAAAGGAUACCCUGAGGCAUCCCCUUUUAGACAACUGCCAUGUGACUUUUGUGACCCUCAAGUGUGACUCCUCAAAGAAGAGGCGUCGAGGCCGCAAGUCCCCAUCCAAGGAGGUGUCCCACAUCACGGCAGAGUUUGAGGUGGAGAUGAAAGUGGACGAGGCCUCAGGCACCUGUGAAGCGGACUGCAUGCGGAAGCGUGCUGAGCAGAGCCUGCAGGCUGCCAUCAAGAUUCUGCGCAAGUCCAUCGGUCGGCACCAGUUCUAUGUCCAGAUCUCAGGCACUGAAUACGAGGUAGCCCAGCGGCCAGCCAAGGCACUGGAGGGGUCCGGGACGUGUGGCCUAGGCCAAAUACUACAGGACGGCAAGUGUGUACCGUGUGCUCCUGGUACCUACUUCAGUGGUGAGCCAGGCCAAUGCAUGCCUUGUGUGUCGGGAACCUACCAGGACAUGGAAGGCCAGCUCAGCUGCACGCCAUGCCCCAGCAGCGAAGGACUGGGUCUGGCUGGUGCCCGCAACGUAUCCGAAUGUGGAGGCCAGUGCUCUCCAGGCUACUUCUCAGCGGAUGGGUUCAAGCCUUGCCAGGCCUGCCCUGUGGGCACGUACCAGCCCGAGCCUGGGCGAACAGGCUGCUUCCCCUGUGGAGGUGGGCUGCUCACCAAACACACCGGUACCGCCUCUUUCCAGGACUGUGAGGCCAAAGUACAUUGCUCUCCUGGCCACCACUACAAUACCACCACCCACCGGUGCAUCCGCUGUCCUGUGGGCACCUAUCAGCCUGAGUUUGGCCAGAACCAUUGCAUCUCCUGUCCGGGCAAUACCAGCACGGAUUUUGAUGGUUCCACCAACGUCACACAUUGCAAGAACCAGCACUGUGGUGGCGAACUUGGUGACUACACAGGCUAUAUUGAGUCCCCCAACUACCCUGGAGACUACCCAGCCAAUGCAGAGUGCGUGUGGCACAUCGCGCCUCCCCCCAAGCGCAGGAUCCUCAUCGUGGUCCCUGAGAUCUUCCUACCCAUCGAGGAUGAGUGUGGCGAUGUCCUCGUCAUGAGGAAGAGUGCCUCACCCACAUCAGUCACCACCUAUGAGACGUGCCAGACCUACGAGCGGCCCAUCGCCUUUACCUCCCGCUCCCGCAAACUCUGGAUCCAGUUCAAAUCCAACGAAGCCAACAGUGGCAAAGGGUUUCAAGUGCCCUACGUUACCUAUGACGAGGACUACCAGCAGCUAAUAGAAGACAUCGUGCGCGAUGGGCGCUUGUAUGCCUCGGAGAACCAUCAGGAGAUUUUGAAAGACAAGAAGCUGAUCAAGGCCCUCUUUGACGUGUUGGCACACCCACAAAACUACUUCAAAUACACAGCCCAGGAGUCAAAGGAGAUGUUCCCCCGGUCCUUUAUCAAACUUCUCCGUUCCAAAGUGUCUCGGUUCCUGCGGCCCUACAAAUAACCAGCCAGCUGUCCUGCAUGGGGACAGUGGGAGCCAAGUGGGAGGGGAGUGUGCCUUCCCUCCACAGCAGGAGCUGAAAGGAGGCUCCAUGGGCCUCCAGGCUGCCGUGAGAAACCCAUGACACCUGCCUCUGGCCUGUACCACCCCCGUGGAAGGCCUAGACCCAGCACAGACCCCUUGGUGGGUCUGCCGCACCUGUGUGGAAACACUGCUUCAGAAAGCCUUCACCCACCCUCUGCCUCUAUUUCCCGAGACACCUAGAGUAUUCCCUCCUGAACCACCCCAGUGGGGUCUACCUGGGCUGGGACACACUGUACCCACUGUGUGGGGAGCAGGACUACUGUGCCCUUGGCUUGAUGUGUGGGGAGAGAGGAGUGUGGCCAGCUCCCUGCGGGCUCUGGAAAGCAUGGGCCAUUGUCACCCACACAGGGGCCAGGCCAGGGCAGGAGGGGUGUGUGGUGGGUUGAUAAGACUGUGCCAGUGCCUGCGGAACCAACACACCCCGCCACAGCUCCUCCGGCCACAGGCAUGGGACACCGGGUCAUGGAGCUCAAGGGACUCUGUGAGAGAUGGAACAGGUCCUCCAGGAGAGGAGUACACAUGCUUGUGCUUCGCCUUAAUAGAACAUCUAAAGAAGUUCUAUAUCUAUAUAUAUAAAUAUUAAAUAUAUACACUUCUCUAUGUGGGUGGGUAUUUUAGAAGGGGGUCUCUCCAGCAACCGUAAUACUAACCACUGUUGCCAAACACUUCCCUGCCCGGCCCUCCCACCCUGCCCCUUGCUGCCCACCCCCAUUAAGAUUAAACGGUGCCUCUCAGCACUUGCCACCUCCAAGUGAGGGAGGCCAACCCUCCCUCCCACCCACCCCCGCAGGCCUGGGGAGAACACAGAUAUGCUUGAACAUGCUGCGGAGUGUGACUUGUUAGAGACUGGACUAGGUGUUGUGUUGAAGCAUUGAUGGGGGUGGGGUGGGGCUUCACAAGCAACAUCACUUCCCUCAACAGAACACAGCCGAAAGCAUCCUCCACCCCCUUUGGGUACUAGCGCUCACUGACUCUGCACUGUACCUGCAGGUCACCUCCCUCAGGGAUGUGCAGGCUGUCUCCUGAGCGGCCCCCACUCUUUACUGCAACAGGAGGAGAAAGCAAGACCCAGGAGAGGAGGCCUCCCAGGCAGAGGCUGUUGGGAGCCUCCUAAUGCUUCGCAGCCUCAUAAAGAGAGGAGCCCUUGUACACCCAGGCUCCACGGCAUCCCACCGGCAGGGGAGCCACCCCCUCACACAGAGGCCUUGCCUGUGCCUCAGAUGGCUUGCUGCCAGCUGUCAGAUACACGCAGAAGCUGGUCUGUAUCUUUCAAAUGAAUGGAUAUUAGAACUUGGAGGAACAUGGGAGAAUCCAGAAUGAACUCCAAGGUUUCCUGGUCUCCAGCCCAGCCUGAUGGCUGACGUGGACUGUUUCAGGAAACACAUGGGGCUCACUGAAGACUGAAGAUGUGUGAGCGGGCAAGCUGGGGCCUGGAAAAUGACAGCUCGAUGACAGGGCACCACACAUCUGAACACAGGCUUGGAACUCAGGGAGAAGCUAUGGCUGCCACAUGGGUCCAUGAGGCAGAAGGGAUUACCAGGGCCCAUCACUCUUUGGUGGAGUGUAGCAGGUGGACUUUCUGCAUCUGGUGGAAGGAGGGUCAGGGUCUGAGCCCACUGCCUCUGCAGUUCACAAGCCCUGUGGCCCAGCUGUACUGGGGUGAAGCUCUCUCUUACCCCUCGGUUGGACCACUGUUCAUUCUCAGUCCUGCAGCAUGAUGCCAGCAACGCUCACCCUCUCCAGGGAAAACAAAGCAGACAAGGACACGCAUGACAGCACACUCAGAAGGAAUUACAGGAAUCAGCUUAAAAGUUAUGGUGGCCAAGAAGUGAUACAAUGUGUCAUCUGCCAAUUGGCAAACAGGAGAGGCAGCAGUAUUCAAACCAGAGACCCUGGGCAUCCGUGUAGCCAGUCUGAAGGCCUGAGCCAGGAGCGCUGUGUGGAUUGCCUGGCGCAGGUCCAGUGGUGAAUUUGCCCUCCCUCCAAUUUUGCUUCCCACCCCCACCACUCUACUGAAGAAGAGAAUAGGUGAGGAUCUGCUCUUCACUAGCUCCAGAUCCUUAUGCUAAUCAAUCUCCUCCAGGACACCACAGUUCACUGCCCUACCACACCACGACAAGUAUUUGGGGGCUCAGCCCUGGCCGGUUAAGUUGACAUAUCAAAUUUACCCACUUAAGGGCUUCAGGUUUCGUUUUUUAACUCUUCUAGAAAAACAGAAAACAUCAGAAAGUGUUCUCAGGUUCACCUUACAUCCUGCCUACAACUCCUGAGUGGCUUUUGGCGGUAGCCACCUGAGUACCCAUUAACAAACCCAACUAUGUCCUCUCUCCAGAAUGCUCAGCCCCACUAUGGCCACAUCAUGCCCAGUGUCCCCCUGGGUAGGAGCAGAUUGUGCAGACUAGGCCCCUCAGUGUCAUAGUCAAGUCCUUUUGUAGCUCUCACUACACACACACCCCACUCAAAUAACCGCCCAAACCCUGGUACCUGGCCAAGUCUGAGAGGGUUGGGGGUUGUGUCCUUCCAGUGUCAUUGUGCAUGGUCCCCCUCCUGGUAGAGCUUCACACCCAGACAACCUGAAGACCUUUAUGGAGGUGAGAGGGAAGCCAAAUUGUUGCCUGGGUUCCAGGAGAUGGUCCUCACAUGGGACCUGGAAUUGAAGGCGUCCAGCAGAGCAUCCAGAAGGCCUCCCUGUGCUCCUGGCACCUCCAGCACUCAUCUUGAAGGUGCCUGCAUGAGGAAGGAGAGUGACCCACCCUGAGGGUCAGUGGUCAGCCCAGCCCUCCACUGUUGGUGGCAAUUGUGGGGUACAUCAUCUCCCACUCCAAAUGGACCUUUCUAAUCAUCCUCGCCACUUAUACUGGUUACAGAGCCUAGUGGCUAUGGCUCCACCACCCUUCUCACCCUGGCUCCAUCCCCAAAUCUCAGGCAGCACAAUCAGCGGGUACUACCGGUGGCCCCCAACUCCUGUCACACUGGCUACCGGUGGUGACCCAAGCCCUGGCUCCCCCAAGACAGCCUUUUCUAACUGCCUUCCUGCUUUGAGAAGUCACGUACUCAAGUGCACACCACAGCCCACGGUAGAGACCUGGGCCACCCUUCCCCUCCUGACAUCUUUUAGUUUGGAACACACAGAUGAAAUAGAACCUAAAUACAUGUCCAGAAGUCCUGGUUCAAAAGCUUUACUAGGGAGCCCGCAUGCCCACCUCUGGCUGGAUCUACUGAAACGUAGAAACUGUGUAUCCAAUAGUGAGCACCUCCCUCCAUCCCACCCCUCAGCAGAAAUAUACGGGCCUAAAAUGAGUUGUGUCACUCAGCAAACAUUCCCUGGGUACCCACUGUUUGCCAGCCUUGUAGGAAGACUAACUGGGGAGCAACAAGAUCACAAACAAGCUACCUGGCACAGCAGCCUUCUGCUCCUCCGCUGCACCACCCAGAGGAUAGGAGAGCUGCUGCUUUCUCCUUGCACUGGGGCCAGCCUGGAAAGGGCCACUGGCCUGGCUAGCAUUUACUUGACUUCACCAAAGAUGCACCGAGCGAUAGGUCAGCCUUUCUGCUCAAGCAGGCAGGGCCUGGCUGAGGCCAUGCAGACUGAGGCCGAAUGACUUAUGAGCAAAAACGUAGAGAUGGCACAAAGAGCUCCUCUUCAGGGCAGGACUUAAGAAGCCAAAACUUGGGCUGCAGAGAUGGCUCAGCUGGUAAGAGCACUCACUGACUGCUCUUCCGGAGGUCUUGAGUUCAAAUCCCAACAACCACAUGGUGGCUCACAACCAUCUGUAAUGAGAUCUGAUGCCCUCUUCUGGUGCGUCUGAAGAUAGCUACAGUGUACUUACAUAUAGUAAAUAAAUAAAUCUUUACAGCGGGGGGUGGGGAGCAGGAAUCAAAACUUCUGUCAAGGUACCAGAUGGAGGAUUCUUCAGGGUCCAGGUGAUGUGGUCUAGCCUGUGUUCUCCCCCAGCGCCUUUAGACAGCCCCCAAGGGUACGCCCUCUGCUGGCUGCAGGCCUCCCCAGCCUGUACUCUGUGAGACCAAGUAACAUACCCAAAAUGGAGAGGGAGGAGCUAGAAGAGUUACAUCCUUUUGGUAACAUCCCAGCUUUCCUAACACACAUUCAGAGAAAGGAUGAAAGCAUCCGGGUCCAUCCAGGCCAGUCACCGUCCAGACAUGAACUGUCACCACCACCUACACUGCCUGCAAAGACCCAGGGGCCCUGAGCCCUGCACGCGAGAGAGGCACAGCGUCUGUCAGCACAGACAGGAAGCAGCUGGGCUUUUAAGCAGAUCUGUCAGAAGCCACAAGCUAUGCCAAGGUCAGAGCCAUGUGCAUCCAAAAGCCAUCCACUCUGCUCAAGAGAUGGAUACCCUCCUACGCCCCACACAGUCACAGUCUGUCCAGACACUGGGUGGCAGUCCGAAUGCAGUGACCAACAUCCACAUAACCUCAUUUGCCUUCCAGCUGCUCAGAUAUUCAAAGCUUUGUAAUUAAAUGCAUGUAAUUAAACACUUGUGAAAAUCACUUUAAUAAUAAACAGGAAACAAGCCUAA